AUGGAGAAGAAUAGAAGACAGCGGCUGCGUAACAAGCGUGUUUUAGGCUUUUUGGGCCAUUGGACAAGAAUUACCGAGCCUGUGGGGGUUAGGCUAGCAUAUAAACCCCCUAUCUAUGAUAUUAAUGCUCCAUAUUUGUAUAUCUCAUUGAUGGCUUUAUACGUUGUUCUUGCUGGCUUCUCAUUGGGACUACAAGGGAAGUUUAUCCCAGAAGCACUGAACUGGUUCUUCAUGAAGGGAAUAGUGGGUUGUUUUUUACAGGUUUCACUUCUAAAAAUGUCAUUAUUUUCACUGGAUGGUGCAGAAGCACCUCUGCUAGACAUUGUAGCUUACGCUGGGUACGCCUUCACUGGAUUGUGCCUUGCGGUCCUCGGUAGAAUCAUUGUGUCGUACUCUUACUAUAUUCUAAUGCCGUGGACUUGCCUAUGCAUGAGAAUCUUUUUGGUGAAAACUAUGAAACGUGUUCCUUUUUCGGAGGUUAGAAGUUUUGAUUCCAGCAGGCACCAAUACCAUUACUUGCUGCUGUUUAUCGCUUUAGCACAAUUUCCUCUCUUCAUUUGGCUCGGAAAUAUCACCCUCAAUUGGCUCUUUUAGAAAGUGUAGUAAAACUGUAUUUGUUUCGGAAUUUUAUGGAUUUUGAUGUUAUGCCAGCUUUCAAUUUUCAGAUAUGUGAUAUUUUUUUUUGCUU